GAGGAGCUGCAGCAGAAGCGGGUGAAGCGCGCCGAGGCGCGGCGGCGGGAGCAGCUCACAUACCAGUUUGCCGCCAUUGCAGCCAGUGUGGGCGUGACUGCCCUGGCGGGCUUUGCCACAUACUACAGGAUCACGUGCUACCUGGCCAACGACCAGGCCUUCCCGUACCUGGACCUGGCCUGCACGCUGGCGCUGGCGGCGGGGGCGGCGUUUGGCAUGGAGAUGUAUGCCCGGUGGGUGCACAAGGACAUGUGGCAUGACAACCCGGUGGGCUACAUCCUGCACAAGAGCCACCACGAGCCGCGCACGGGCCCCUUUGAGGCCAACGACAUCUACGCCAUCGUCAACGCCGUGCCCGCCAUGGCCCUCUGCCUCUACGGCUUCCUGCGCCCCGACGUCUGGGGCAGCCUCUGCUUCGGCGCCGGCCUGGGCAUCACCCUGUUUGGCAUCUCCUACAUGUUUGUGCACGACGGCCUGGUGCACCGCCGCUUCCCGGUGGGCCCCAUCGCCGACCUGCCAGCCAUGAAGCGCAUCGUGGUGGCCCACCAGCUGCACCACAGCGAGAAGUACGGCGGCGUGCCCUUUGGCAUGUUCCUGGGACCGCAGGAGCUGGAGGCGGUGGGUGCAGGGCCGGAGCUGGACCGCAUGGUGGCGGAGUUUGAUGCCGCCAGGGCCAAGAAGGCGGGCGCGACGGCAGGCGCGGGCCGCCGCUGA